UUCCAUUGUUGUUGUUAUUCGCUCCCUCAUUUCUUGUGCUCUUGAAUAAAAAAAUGGUUUUUGUCAAGAAUUGGGAGGACUUUGAGAUUGCCGCCGAGAACAUGUAUAUGGCGAAUCCACAAAACUGCCGCUACACAAUGAAAUACGUUCAUUCCAAGGGCCACAUACUGCUGAAAAUGACGGACAAUGUAAAGUGCGUACAGUACAAAGCGGAAAACAUGCCCGAUCUGAAGAAAAUCGAAAAGAUCACCAGCAACUUGGUUGGACACAUGGCCUCGAAGGAGUAAAAGUCGAACAACAACAAAACAUUUGGCCACGGCGGCACUUUGGGCCGCAGGUUUGCUUAGCUCCACCGCGUGUGCGGUUCCAUUUGUGCCGUCCUCCACCUGCAAUUGAUUUAGUUUAUAAGCGCACCGCUGGCCACAUUCCGGCGUGGCGAUCAGAGUAGUUUUUCCUGUUUAAAUAACAUUUUAUAAAUGUUAGCUCUGUACAUGCCGGGGCUCCCACAGGCAGUUGGCUGGCGGCGCACAAGGAUUUUUGAAAAGUAACAAUUUAAUUUUUGUAUUUAUCUUAAUGUAAAUGGUCAGUAGUACACAUUUCCAUGAAAUGGUUUCCUUAAAAUGAAAAUAAACCAAGGGAAAACGUAUAAAUUG